AGCCAGCGGCUUUGGGAACAGCGCAGCGAAGCUGCCGGAAGGUUUUAAUCUUGAUCCCGCAAAGCUCAUUUCUGUCCUUUAGGCAAGGCAGGCAUCACCGGGCUUUAGGGAAGCAGCGUUGGGAGGCGGGAGGGGAAAGGGGCAGCUGGGGGUGUUUUGGUUUGUGGUGGUUUGUGGUUUUCAAUCGCAGCAGAGGAAAUGCUCGCGUUUAAUCAAGAAGGGGUGUAAUCCCUGCUGAGAGCUGGGAAAGCAGGAGUCUGAACGCCGCCUCUAGACCAGGGCAGUAAAAGCUGCUCCGUGCUCUCUUCUGUUUGUGCCCACAGAGCCAGCACAUCACCCCUCUGCCCGUGUCCCUGGGGAUUGAUUCAGUGGUGCCCUUGGAGCUCAACCUGUCCUGACACACUGUUGGACACAUCUGUGCACCGCCUUCCCAUCCAGCCAUGCUGCACUUUCUCUGGGACAGCAUCUCCUUCCCUACACUCCUCAUCUUCCUCAUUGUCUUCCUGUUUGUCGCCGAUUACAUGAAGAACAGAAACCCAAAGAACUUCCCUCCCACCCCUUUACGCCUUCCCUUUGUAGGGCACCUUUACUUGAUGGACUUCAAAGAUCCCAUAAGUGGAGUGGAGAAGCUCACCCAGCUUACUGAAAAAUAUGGUGACAUCGUUGGCACUUCAAUGGGCAGCAUGAAAGCUGUGGUAGUAAAUGGGAUGCGGCUGGUUAAGGAAGUGCUUGUAAACCAAGGGGAAAACUUCCUUGAGCGACCAGAAAUUCCUACGGAGGUUUUCAGCAAGAUAGGACUGAUCAGCUCCAAUGGGCACUUGUGGAAGGAACAGAGGAGGUUCACCUUGACCACCCUCCGAAACUUUGGCUUGGGGAAGAGGAGCGUGGAGGAGCGCAUCCAGGAGGAAUGCCGAUUUCUCGUGGAUGCCAUUAAGGAUGAGCAGGAUCUUGCUUUUCAAAGGAAGCAAACAUCUCCAUAACCUGAUAGAACUGGACUACUGGGGUUUUCCAGACAAGCUUGGCCAGCUCAUGGGGGCAGCAAGAUGUCCAAGCAAAGCUGUGACACAGGAUGGUCACUGGGACCACUCAUUUAAU